UCUCUCUCCAGUUUAGGUGUCCAAGGAAUUUUCUAAAUAUUCAAAUGUGGGCCUAAGCGUAAUUAUCAUCCACACACGCUUUACUUUUUUUUUUAGCAGCUGUAUGUUAACUGACAGUUGAUAAGGCUUUUUUUUGAAUGAGUCACCUUUGUACUCACUAUAAAAGAAGGAACUGGUGACGACUGGUUCCCCAGUGAUGCAUGAAGGUCCAGUAGCUGCAUUGCCUGUUCAGCAGCAGCCUAACAGGCAUAUUCAGCCCCAGGCUGUGGGUGUACAUUUGGGUGACCUGCAAGGUCAAGUUCCCCUCUUGACUCAAAGCACAGCAGCAAUCUAAGAACCAUGUCUGAACCUGUUCCUCUGCCACAUAGUGCUCGGGGUCGCGUGGCCUGUCAUGCCCAAAGAUGGAAAGAGCUGAAGGUAGACAUCAGCUCCCCCUGUAAUAAAACUAAGCCUGACUUCAAACAGAAUGGACAAUGUGAAUGCAGUCAGAGUUCAGACAUGACUCCUGGAACCGGUUGGGACAUGGAUAAGAGUAGUUGCAACCAUCUGCCAGCAUCUGUGAAUGCAUCAGCGAACAGUUCACUGGAUCUGCUAAGGAUAGUAAAACACAAGCCAAGUACCAUUGUGUUCUGUGAUAAUGAUUGUAGCACUGACAACCAGGAUAUCCCUGAUGCUGGAGAGUCCUCUUCAUCCAUCACCGAAGAGAGAGAGGGUGGUGACAACGAUGAUGAGGAGGAUGAUUUUCCCGAGAAGUUACAAUAUAAGGAAUUCCUCGUCAGUCGUCGCCGUAGAAAUUUGAGCAGGAACAGGAAGUACUCGAGGAAGAGACAGGAUGCCCAGCCUAAUAGUGCUGCAUCUGGUUGGCAAAAGCCCACCAACAAGGGAAAACCUGAGUUCGCAGGUAGCCAGAGGGAAGAGGAAACAACACAGAACAAUGAAAAACAGGCUGCUGCUUGUGAAUCCAUGACCCUAAUGAUGAAAAAGUUGGAUAACCUCAAUGAGCCGAUCCAGGAAGGCCAAAGCGCUGAUUCCUCCCACCCAGACGUGGCCAAUGCUGACGCUGAGCAGCAGAGCACCAUGGGUGAUCCAGCUGUGGGAAGAGCUUCAGACAAACCUGAGCCACUGACCAGGCGACGUUCUCAACCUCUGACCCGCAGCAGACCGCUGACCCGCUCGUCUCUCUCGUCCCCUACACAUCUCCAUGCUCGACGGGCCAGGGCUGCUGCAAGGAUGACCAGUGGAUCAGCAGGAUGA